UCGACGUCGAUGGAAAAUUGGAUGAUGUGCUUGCAGUUGACGAGAUUCGAGUGUGGUAUUUGUCGUCUAAUUUACUCGUGCAAUGGGUUGUUUUCUAUGACCAUAUAAGAACUAAAAGCAACUGAAAGAGACAAGAGUUGGGAUGGGACGUCAUCUCUUGGUGCCUCAGUAAAUUGUGCGUAUUUUGUUUAUUUUGAAAAGUUUUUAUGGUAGACGAAAAAAGUAACGACGACUACAUGGAAGGUUCUUUUGAUAGCACAGAGAAAAGUGGAUGGAGUUUAAAACGUCCAGCAACGCCUUCGCAAGCCAUACCAAUUCCUUUGUCAAAAACACGCCACGGAAAGCUUGAAGCUUCCUCGUUGCCGACACAGUUCGGUACUCCUGAAAGAACAGAACCAGAACCGUAUUAUUCCACUACUCAUAAUAGUCAUUUUUUGCCUUUAUCCUCUUUGUUUUUUACACCCCCUGAAGAUGAACAUGUGACUGUUUGGGAGCCAUUAACAGGUAAGACUGUUGCAGGUAACGCUGCACCUUAUCGAAAGAAUUUGAAGACAUGGUUGGAAUCCCAUCCUGGUUGGGAAGAGAAGGCAGAUGAAUUCAAGUCUUCCAAAAGAAGGUCGUUACUUCGGAGACAGAAACAAAUUCAAGCUGCCUUUUCCAAUUUGCUUGCGAAUGGUGAACUUGCACUUGUUCUUAAAGCUAGUGCCGAAAAGGUUUUGACUAUGGUAAGAAGUGGUUUGGAAGCUGAUAGCCAAGAAAAGCUCGGUGAAGGUGAAACAAAAGCCAAUGGUUCAAACUUAGGUCUGAUGCAACAAGACAAUUCGUUUUCUUCGUCCCAUCCUAAGAGGACCACAGACUGGUCUUUAGAGGAAACGACAAGGUUACAGGAAGCACUUGUUUAUCUUGGUGAAGAAUUUAUGCUUGUACGUGACUGCACUAAUCUAGAAAACGUUGAAAAGUGGAAAAACUUGACGGGGUAUGUUUUUUACAAAACGAUUCGUACGGAAAGAAAUCUAUGCGGUAGCGAAGAAGAAGUUUAUGUGAAAGAUGUUUUGGAGAACACCAUAAAACUUUUGGAAAGCGGUUUCCAUAGUAGAAAAAAUUCAUCAGCUGAAGCAAUUUAUUCGAGUCCUUUGAUCUCUUCGUUGAGUACCAGUCCGAAAGUAGAAGAUACGCCUCCUCCAAGCAAUGAGAAUUUCUUUCAGAUGCCAUCUUUAUUUUUAUCACCACCAAGCUUUACUGGUACUGCCCAUCGGGAGCCUAGAAUUACUGUUUGGGAUCCCAAGACGGGGCGCACGAUUUCAGGAAAUGCCGCACCUUGUGCCAGAAACUUGGAAUCUUGGAUGGCGUUGCAUCCAGGUUGGAUCCCCAAGUCUGAAGAAUACCUUUCGUCGGCCCGCAGAGGUCGUCACAGAAGAGGAAAGAGUCGUACUUCCAUUUCUGGAGAAGUGGCAGCAUCAGCUCCUGCUUAUUUGAGUACAAGAGUUCCUUCGAAUGAAGAUAACAGCUAUGGAAAUUCAAACCAUUUAUCUACCUCUUUGCAACUUGCGGAGUCACCGGCAUUCAGCGAUGCUUUGGAUGGUUUACUACUCAUGCAAAUAUGUAACCGCAGCAGUAGUAAUCAAACAUCCCUCCAUGCCAAUAGAAGUACAGACAACCCGUCGUCGUCAUCAGUUUCUUCAGGUUCUCAGGAAAAGCUUUGGGACAAAACGCAGGAUACAGGAAUGGAAUAUAUUGACAUGGAAUUGGAAGAGCACAAUCCUUGAAUGUGUUUAUUUCAAUUUUGAACUUCCCAAUUUUGUAUCAUUUUCUUUACAACCGAGCCUAAGAGAGUCGAAUCUGAUUAUCUCCAUAAAUAAAUUGUUUUAAACGAAAUGGAUAAUGUGAACUAGUUUACAAUUGUUUUUGCUAUUUUGCAUGUCUUUGAUUUGGUGAAGUUCUUGGCUAUAUCAAGAGAAGUUGUGUUUAGCAACAUGAUAAUAUCAUUAAAUUCAAGCAUGCUUAA